CUGUUAGUGACUCAUCAUCAUGGGAGACACCAGAUUUAGUAUUUGAGCAGUGGUUAAGUGCUAAAGAAAAAUCGCCGUUAAAGCAGUUUUCUUUUUCACUUUUUCCUUUCGCAGGGACCUGAGCUGUUCCUGCGAGGCCCACCUCCUCAGAACUACACCCCAGUUCUCCCGAGGCGCUACUGCAGGAGGCAGCACCAGUUACGACAGCCCGGUCCUUCCCCUCCCAGUGCCUCCGGGGGUUCCGGCGUCCCGGGCGCUGCUGUUUUCCGGGAAGAGCGGGCGCGCUGGGCCUCGGCGAGCUGCGCUCGGCGGGCGGACGCGGGGAAUCAUGGAAGCUGAUAAAGACAACACACAACAAGUUCUUAAGGAGCAUGGGCCACAUGAAUUUAUAAAAGAUGAACAAAAUAAGGAACUAAUUGAUGAAAUGACAAAGGAAAAUAUUCAACUAAAGAAGGAGAUCCAAAAGCUCGAAACGGAGUUACAAGAGGCUACCAGAGAAUUCCAGAUUAAAGAGGAUAUUCCUGAAACAAAGAUGAAAUUCUUAUCAGUUGAAACUCCUGAGAAUGACAGCCAGUUGUCAAAUAUCUCCUGUUCAUUUCAAGUGAGCUCGAAAGUUCCUUAUGAGCUACAAAAGGGACAAGCACUUAUCACCUUUGAAAAAGAAGAAGUUGCCCAAAAUGUGGUAAGCAUGAGUAAACAUCAGGUGCGGAUAAAAGAUGUAAAUCUGGAGAUUACGGCCAAGCCUGUCCCAUUAAACUCAGGAGUCAGAUUCCAGGUUUAUGUAGAAGUUUCUAAAAUGAAAAUCAAUGUUACUGAAAUUCCUGACACACUGCCUGAAGAUCAGAUGAGAGACAAACUAGAGCUGAGCUUUUGUAAGUCCCGAAAUGGAGGUGGAGAGGUGGACCACGUGGACUAUGACAGACAGUCCGGGAGUGCGGUCAUCACGUUCGUGGAGACUGGAGUUGCUGACAAGAUUUUGAAAAAGAAAGAAUAUCCUCUUUAUAUAAAUCAAACCUGCCAUAGAGUUACUGUUUCUCCAUACACAGAAAUACACUUGAGAAAGUAUCAGAUAUUUUCAGGAACAUCUAAGAGGACAGUGCUUCUGACAGGAAUGGAAGGCAUUCAAAUGGAUGAAGAAAUUGUGGAGGAUUUAAUUAACAUUCACUUUCAACGGGCAAAGAAUGGAGGUGGAGAAGUAGAUGUGGUCAAGUGUUCUCUAGAUCAACCUCACAUAGCAUACUUUGAAGAAUAGACUUAACAGAAUCAUGAAAACUAUAGCUUUUUAACGCAGAUUACUGUAAAUGUUUGACAAAAAUAAAUAUGCUUUUCCUUAAAAAAAUGAAAACUUUAAUUUUUAUCAUCCAUUUAUUUUUAGAUACAAAACUUAUUUCCAUGUGUCUGAAUCUUCAUUGUUUCAAAUGGUGCUUGCUGCAUGUUUUCAAUUACAAUAAAUGCACUGUAAUAAAAGGUUUUGUUUAUAGAUUA